CGACCCGACGAAAUGGAGGAAGAAGCUAGCAACGAACGUAACGUCACUUGACGAUCUUGGAACCAACAGUUUACUUUGUGAAUAGACACUUACUACACGUGUAAUAGUGGUAUAAAAUAUUUCUUAAAUAGUUUUACAAAUUAAUCCGCCUAGUAUACAUUUAUUGCAUUGUUUGCGUUGCGUGCUUUUUUUCGUUUUUGUUGUUAGCAAACUAGCUAACGAGCUUGCUAUCUUUAAUUAGCACGAAGUCACAGAGGUUUAAUUUUCGACAGAGUUUUUUGCUAACACCCGACAGACAGUAUGAUGGAUAGCGAAGACGAGCUGGUGGUUCUGACGGACAUCUCGUCUCCGUCCCUGGAUGCGUUUAAAGACCUGCUACGGGAAGACGGGGGCGGAGAAGCGCCGGAGAUCACGGAGGGACAUCAAAACCCUGAGCUCCGAGAGGACGAGCCGCUGGCGCUGUUGGCUGACGUUGCUCUGGCGCCAUCUUCUGGCAGGUCUGUGUCCUGCAGCUGCCCAGAGGUCAGCGGGGUGACAGGGAACUUGCAUUCAAUCCAGCUGCAACUCCAGUUCUUUUUGAGCAGAGUGGACAACUUGCAGGACAGCCUCGUUAGUGGGAAUAGCCAUCUAGACAGAGAGGCUCUUGCUGCUGCAGUUUCCAGCCUGCUCUACACCUGUCAGCCUUAUUUUAACCACCUGGAGUCCACAGGUCGGAGCACAGUGUCACUGUGCGCCCAUAAGCCAGCUGAAUUUUGUUCAAAACUCUGUGGAUUAAAAUCAGUCGUUUCAGAGGGAAACACGUUGACGUUGCAGCGCCGCUUUUUCUGCUUGCAGCUGUUGAGCUUCUCCCAGCAGCUGUGUGACAGGUUGGAGCAGCUGCUGCUGACCUACGCCAGCUAUGAUCUCAUCAGUUUGGACGAGUCCGAACCCAACAGCAUAUCUCACUUCUGCAUUGGCCAGGUUCAGCUGGGCCAGAUGAAGGUGACCACCUUCCGUUACUGCAAGCCGACACCAUAUCUGUCCCGCGUCGACACUGGAGUCUACAAACGCAUGCGCUGGAAUGUGCAGAGAUUCCAAGAGGAUCAUAGGAGAGGAGAGGACAGCGAGGAAGAAGAAGAAGGAGAAGAAGAAGAAGGAGAAGAAGGAGAGAUCCAGACUGACUACUACUUCCUGUGUUAUGAGGACAUCCUCAACACACAUGCUGACCCAGACUCAGAGAACGAAGACGCCUCCAACGAUAACGUGGUGAGGAUGUGGUCCAUCGGUCAGUGGGUGCAGGUGAAGCCAGAACGGACUACAGAUGACAUAUACGACUGGAUCUUGUGCGAAGUCCCCGAGGCCAGCUAUCGCAGGCUGCUGUUCCUGGGCCGCAACGAGCCGUCCAGCUGCACGGCGACGGACUAUCUGCAGCAGCUGCUGCUGACGUGCCACGCUGACUGAGCUCUGGCCUGCAGGAGGAGCGCACACACACACGUUAGUUAAUGCACGGCAGCAGCUGCUGCUGCUGCCUGGAGAAAACCUGGAGUGUCAGGAUGUAGCUUUGAAGCCAUCAGGCUAAACUGAUACUCGGUUCUGAUCAGAAGUUUCAUCUGAAUAGCAUGACAAUUUUGGGCUUGGAAAUAAAGAUUUGAAAGGAU